AUGGAGGGAAGGAGCAAAGAAGUCGAGUAUGACGUGGCAGAGCAGAUAGGUAGGGGGAGAUUCGGAGCAGCAUUCCUCGUGGUUAACAAAUCGAAGAACAAGAGGUAUGUGAUGAAGAAGAUUAAACUGGCGAGGCAGACUGAGAGGUUCAAGCAGAUGGCGGUCCAGGAGAUGAACUUGAUUGCUGAGUUGAACCACCCGUAUAUCGUUGAGUACAGGGACUCCUGGGUUGGGAAGGAAUGCGUGUGCAUCGUGACGAAUUACUGUGAGGGUGGAGACAUGGAUCAGAUGAUAAGGAGAGCCAGAGGAACGUAUUUCAGUGAAGAGAUGGUCUGCAAGUGGCUGACCCAACUUCUGCUAGCAUUGGACUAUCUCCACUCCAAUCGUGUUCUUCACAGAGACUUGAAAUGCUCCAACAUAUUCCUUUCAAAAAGCAACGACAUCCGACUAGGUGAAUUUGGACUGGCGAAACUGCUUGGCAAAGAUGACCUUGCCUCCACCUUAACGCCUUCGAUAAGAAUACAUUUUCUCCUCCUUUUACCCAAUCAGGAAUCAUCUUGGCAAAAGCUUAUUGCUUUCUAUUUCAUAUGUGGAUAUGGCGGGACUAAUCCACAAGAUAACCUUGGCUCCAUUUCUCCACUACCACCUUCAUACUCAUCUACAUUGAAACAACUAAUCAAGUUUAUGCUGAGGAAGAGUCCAGAGCACGGCCUACGGCUGCAGAGUUGUUGA